UUUCAAUGCUGGUUGAAGUGCAUUUUAUCGUGGGUUGAAAAUGCUCGUCCGUCAAAUUAGCCACUGGACAAAAGUGGCGGUGACUAGGUGGCACGCACCGUACCUGGUCUAUGUUCUGCCACAGUCCUCUUCGGAGGCCCGGUCUGCGGAAGACUACAUCUAAGAUGAGUGUGCCUCAUGGCUGAUCAUGCAUGCACGUCUUCUGCAUGUUAUCCCAUCCGGCCGAAUGAUGACUGGCUCGUGCGACUUAUCUUCCGAGCCGUGACGCAAGGCAAGCGCAGGCUGUUCCUACACGUGUAGAAAAUGCAAGACGCUUGGGUGGAUGCGCUCUCACUCAUCAGCUCCUCUCUCGCCUUCACCCUCCCAUCCCUUCUGUGACUGGCGUCCUCCACUCAAGUGCACUCUAAUCUCGUCGCGUGUCCGGAGACAAUGCAGCGUCAGCGUGACUACACUUGCAUUUCUCGCUGCGACAGCCAGAUCUGGCGCGACUGGCUCCAAUCCGAGCAGGCCGUGAACUCUUCUUGGAGCCUCUCAUCGGCCACUCUCUCGGAUGACCCGCACGCAACCCCUGAGCUCAAGGACGUCGUCAACAGACCAUCUCCAAUUACGUAUUCACUCACGCCGCCGUCACCCGGGUCCCCACUCAGUGCCGAGUGUUCGUUGUCGCAGUCAUCAAUAGAGACGGAGUCGGACUACGAUGAAUUGCCUGAAAUACCCUUUAUCUCGUCGUCGUCGCUACGAUACCAGACUCCGUCGGGUCGGCCAUCUGUUCAUGAUCGACGUGGAAAUGAGGACACCAACAGCGAGCGGUCGUUCUGGGCGGCCCUCGUUCAUGCCAGUGCCUCACAUUUGACAGAUGGGAGUGAAACAGUGGUGGGGGCGAUGGGCGAAGGCCUGUACAGGUUUAGGAGGCAACGCGCUGCAUCCAUAUCUUCGGACAUGUCGUCCCGUACAAGGCCAGCGCCGGCGAAGUCCAUCUUGUCGUCAAGCUCAUCCAUCAGGACAAGAACCGGACGCUCGCCUCCUUCGGUCAAAUUCCUCGACAUGCCGACCAUCCACUAUGAGGAGGACGAGGAUGAAUACGAGUACCACUCUCCUGUGUUGGCCACUCCCGAGAAAAGGAAACGCCGUCUCCUUAAGAUCAGGUGGUUCUUGCGGCUGAAAAAGAAGCCGCAAGCAACACAGGCACGCCCGACGAUUUCCGGGCCAUUCCCACUGUGGGAGAGACCAUCAUGCACUGUAUAUGGCAGCGCCGCAGAUCUGCGUUCAAAGUCGUGCAGCAGCUUUCGGUCCGUGCGGACAUGUGGCAGCAGACUGCAGACGUAUUGGAGCAGGGUGGCUCGAAGAGAGCUAUGAUUGGAAUUCAAGGCUGGUUGCACGCAACAGCAGUCUUUGUAAUGGCAAUCUCUGCGAACGGCCGAUUGGUUCCAUCUUUCCGCCCGGCUUUGUUCUGCGAACUGGAGCCAAGGUACAUGGACUUGCCUGCUUGUUCAUUCCCUUGAGCUUGUUCGUAGAGAGCUCGGCAGGCACGACUCGGAAUGAAAUCAGAAAACAACGAAAUGCUAGGAGGGCUACACCUUGUGAACUAUAUCGC